AAUUAUGGAAAGCAUUUAUAUACAAGUGUGGACCCAAAUACAGAAAUCCAGAGAGCUUCCCAACAUAGCAUUUAACAGCAGAGCCUCUUUUAUUGGGUGAAAAUUGUGAAAGAUUACCAUGUGAUUGCUUGCACCACUCGUUAAGCUGAGAACAUUUCUCUUUUAAGAAGGUGCAAUAUCUUUAAAUCAGGAUUUACUUCCCUUUCCUACUGCUCAUUGCUUUUCUGUGGCUUCUGCAUAAAUAGCAUUUGAGUGUUGCACCAAGUUUUCAUGGUUUUCCUCUCUACUAACUAAACCGAAAGUUGCAAGCAAAAGCAAGCAGAAGAAGGAAAUACUGAGCAUACCAGAAGGCACACGAGCCGAGGUAGGACAAGUUUGACAGAAAGACUGAGAACUCAGCUCUAGACUAUAAAUGUUUCUGAGAUGGCACUACACGACAACUACACCAACAGCUCCUUCAACUGUACUAUUGACAGCUUCAAGCAAGCCAUUUAUCCCAGCAUGUAUAUCUCUAUGUUCUUCCUGGGCACUGUCGGAAAUGGCCUCUCCAUUUUUGUUUUCUUCCAGCCUUCACAGAGGAAGACCCCAGUAAAUGUUUACAUGCAGAACUUGGCUGUUUCGGAUCUCAUGUUUGUAAGCACUUUGCCCUUUCGGGCCACAUAUUACCUGAUGGGAUCACAUUGGAUAUUUGGUGAUAUCCUCUGCAGGAUCAUGUCUUACAGCUUCUACGUGAACAUGUACUACAGCAUUUACAUUCUCACUGUGCUCAGCGUGGUUCGUUUCAUAGCCAUCGUCUACCCAUUCAAGCAUUGGAAAGUAACCAACAUGAAGUAUGCCAGGAUAAUAUGUGCAGCCAUAUGGGUGUUCGUGUUGGCAGCCUCCAGCCCUCUGUUAGGCAAUCCAGGGUACAGACAUCAUGCCAAGUGCUUAGACCUUCACCCCUCCAGUUCUCAUAGGCUUCUCAUGAUGAACAGCUUUGUUCUUGUCGUGGGCUUCAUUUUGCCAUUUGUCACAAUUAUCAUCUGCUAUGUCUUUGCAGUCAAAGCGUUGCUCAAGUCCAAGACUCCACAAUGUAAGAACGCAUUUUGUCGCAAGAAGGCACUGUCAACCAUCAUCAUCACUCUCAUCCUUUUCUUCCUUUGUUUCCUGCCAUAUCACAUACUGCGAACUGUCUACCUGAUGCGCAGCCACUGCAGCCAGGAUGGCCUGCCUGUGCACAAAGCACUGGUGGUCUCGUUCUGCCUUGCUUCCAUGAACAGCUGCCUCGAUCCUGUCCUCUAUUACUUUGCUGCUGAAAAUUUCAAAGUAAAAAUCAGAAGUUUGUUCUGCAGGUAGCUGAUGCAGAAUCGCAAAAGCACAUAUAUAUGAUCCUGAUUGGACAUCUAGACUGGGUCUAUUCUUUUCAACGGCGUAAGUUGUGUGGUGCUACCCGGUCUGCAGCCAUGCUGCUGAGUGCCAGGCAGCUCUGCAGCAAGAAUGCCUUGGAAAGAGCUCACUGAGGAUGGGCAAAAACAGUGAUCAGAAGUCAAAUGCUGGUGUGUGAACCCUGGUCCUCUUAUAUUUAACAAUGUAGAUAACUCCGGUGUUCACCCUGUCCAGGGUAAGGGAUCAAAAGGAAUUUACCUCUCUACUAGGUUCCAUUUAUCUCAUUCCACAGUACUCGACUACUAGCUGAAGGGAAAUUACUCAGCUGCCCACCUCAGUGUGUGUCUGAGCCUCCCUGUGCUCUGCUUCCUUGUGUGUCAGAGGUGCAUGGUUCGGAUUCUGCGAUACCCAACAGCUUCAUGGUGCCCCAUCAGUUCCAGUUUCCACUGGCCAAAGGUUUGCAAAUAACAGAAAUGUAAAGCAGCACUGAGUCUCACUUAUGAAGCAGGCAGAGAGCCAAACAGGAUCCGGCACUGGCUUAGGUUGUUCAGAAGGCAUAAACUUUUCUGAAUUUUCCACUCUAAGGAGACCACUGAGGUAUUUACUUACCUCACUGAUAGUCAAGUGAGAUAAUGACUUCAGGCAAACAGCAUCAGCAUGGACCGUUAUGAGUAAGAUGAGUGCUGUCAGUGAGGUCAGGAUACUGCCGCAUGAAGCACUGGGCUGCAACUAGCAGCUUGUCAUGUGUUUGCCAAUUCCUUCAAGGCCAUUGAAACACUUGUUUUGAUGCUUGGUGUUACCAAUGCUUUUCUGAAAGCAAAGGUUAAGCAGCUCAGUCCCCAUGCAGGGAUCAAGAAACAAACUUUUAAAAUUAUUUUAGUCCAAACACGUAGCUAGGGAGUGUUUUUCUCCACACAGGUAAACCAGUCCGAUAGCAAACUGCUGCCAAAGGCAUCCCUAAUCCCUCACAUCCUUCCUGAUCUGAGAAGGAAAGUGGUCCCUUUUUUUUCAUAGGAUUGACUUCCAGUUGGUUUGAACUCCCUGAAGUCAAACUCACCAAGGCAAUGGGAAAGCUCUAAGCCAGGAGCCAGAGGAAAGACAGGCGGCAGAGGAGGAGAGGGCAAGCUGUUUUAGAAAGCAAUGGGGAAAUACACCUAUGUGUAUUUUGGAACUCCUUGCUAAAUAGCUGCCUGCACUUUUAAGUUUCUGAAUACUAUCUAAAAUACAUUUCCUAAAAAUCAGACCACUUGCAAUUAAGUGAAAACAGGCUCCAAACUCAGUCUGAUCACAGUUCGAUUCUGGUUUUAAUUACUUCAUUUUUUAAAAAGAAAAAAAAAGACAAGAAGUUUUGUCAUGUUUUCCAGGGAAGCAGCUCACCACAGAGGAAAACUAACAAAAAAGCUGAACACCUUCCCUGUCUGUCAAAUCCACCCAAAGGAUGGUUUAUGUCAGCAGAGAUACGGGCUCAAUGUUAUUGCUCCCAAACAAAAGUAAUCACAGGUUGCAGUUUUCAGUUCUGUCUGAAAUAUGCAGAAAACCAACAACUGGUGGUCAAUUGGAAAAGUACUUGGCAAAUCACUGGGAAAGCCACAUUUUUCUUGGCUAUCUAAGGAUUACGUUUAUUUACAAUCUGUUUUGGUCACUUUAUGUUGCCUUUGGUGUAAGCACAGAGUUUUGUUGGAAGUUCACUAAAAUUCAUGCACCAAAUCAUUUCAAUAACUCAGUGGCACACUUGAGAGCUGACCUAAUAAUGCCAUGUGAACUCCUGCACUGCCUGGUGCCAUUCUGUCGAAGGAAAGGGAAUAUUACCACUGUUUUGUAACGGCAGUGCAUUUGAGAUAGUAGCCUGUGCAGAGAGAUGGCAGACAAAUAAUGGAAAGGAAGGGGUUUCUCCUGUCAUGUGUAGACCCAAGCAGGGACAAGUGACAGUCUUGGAGCCACCGAUGAGAUACUGUACACCUUAAGUACUACAAGGGAAUAGAAAAAAAUAGCCACAGUAUAAUCCCACAAGCAUAUUUUCUCUGUAUCCAUCCAGUGCACCCUAUUAUCAGAUAAAUUUCCGUCUACAGAAUGUCUCUCUUUCACUUAGGAGGUCAAUUGUUUUUUUGUAUUGAUCAUGCUACAACUUUGUUAGCAAUUGAAUUGACUGUCACACCUGUGUUUUAAUAAACUAGAUUUACC